AUGGCUAAUGUUCCUAUAGUUUCAGAACAUCUCAUGACUUUUGAUCCUCAUACGUUUACUAUCUCUAAUUCUGGUCCUGGAAUUGAUACUCAUGAAGUUUCUCCUAAUCAUAUGCCUACUUGGUUCAUUCAAAAUCAGAAUCCUCCUGGCAUUCACUUGGAGGUAGUGCUACACAUUCUUCCUUUAAUGUUCCAUCAGAAAAUGUCCAUUCCAUGCACUAGAUCCAAGUCCAAGGCAUAUGCUCUUCUAGCAACUCAUGGUAUAUUAGCAGAACCAAAAUCUGUCACUAAAGCACUGAAUACUCCAAAAUGGAAGGAGGCUAUGAAUGUUGAAUAUCAAGCACUCUUAAAUAAUAAAACAUGGGAACUAGUUCCAUAUGAAAAGGGUAUGAAUGUAGUUGGAAGUAAGUGGGUGUUUAAAACCAAAUUACACUUUGAUGGAUCACUUCAGAAGUACAAGGCCAGGUUGGUAGCCAAAGGAUUCCAACAAACUCCUGGCCUUGAUAAUUUUGAUACUUUUUUCAGAUAG